AUGUCAACCUCCCAGAUCUACCCAGUCUACAAAGUCAAAUUGAAACUAUCAACCCAAGACCCAGACAUGCCAUCCCCCCGAUACCACACCAUACUUUUCGUCCAGACAAACGCGCAAGGUCCGCGUAGCGGCAUCAAGCACCACGUCACCGGCGACAUUGCCACAGGCAUGCACUACGAGCCAGCAAAAUAUGACGACCCCGAGACAGACGAGAACUUCUUCUCAAAGGAACUCCUCGGGCAUACCAGAGCUCUCAACUAUCCUAAGAAUUGGAACGAUAUCCUCAAGUCUAUCCCCGCGCCACCGAAGCAGAAGGAUUUCAAUAAAGUCACGAUGAAGACAGAGCCCAUUAAGAGUUGGGAUCCUUUGACGUUUUAUGAGCCUGGAGAGCCUCGUCGGCCGUUGAUUAAAUGUACGGAGUGGAUUAAGGAUCAGGCUAUUCCAAUCUUGAUUAAUGCGGACUUGAUUCGGUGGAGGCAUGAGCGUGUAGCUGGUGCUUGGGAUUAG